CUUCUCCUCAGCAUAAACACGAGGAGCCUUCUUCUUGUUCUUCUCUUACUGAAGAUUAAGGCCCUCAUUACUCCUUCACCAAAUUUUACAGGUCGUGCUCGUGCAUCCUUGAGAAGUAAGUAUGGGGGAAUUGUAUAGCAGAGGAAUGCUUGCUCUCCCAUACUUUUAAGCUCAAAGAUGAAGCUCUAAGAAGAGAAUUGCCUGAAAAGACGAAGCUUAGUGGGCGAUUUUCUUUGCGAUAAUGAGGAAGAAGGCGCUCGCGUAAGAAGAGCAAAGAAGCAAAACAGAGACCGACAUCGAGCUAUUGCAAGUGGAUGUCUUCGCUGUCCGGAAAAUGGCCAUGGAAUACACAGGCGCUGUUACCACACAUGGCUUCUGUCACAUCAGAACAAGGACAGGGAAAGGACCGCGAUGAGGGCGUAUAAGUUAUCUCGGGUUACUAGUACUCAGUGUUGUACGUGUAGUUUCAGUUUGUGUUAGUACCACAUCAAAUGACAAUCAGAAUGAAGUGGUAUUAUGAUGAUUGCUUUUAUGAGUAGGUGCAUAGUGAUAGUCUGACUCUGGGUCUCUUAUCGUCCGUGUAGUUCUUUCAGUUCCACCCUAGAACUAUAUGUAAGAUGAAAACAGAACAAGGGCGUUGACGUUCGGUUAACUAGAAACCCAGAAUGGAGAAAAAUGUAAAUGAAUACUAGAGAUACUAGCGUCAGAGGACCUCGUCGAUAAAAGAGAACCUCGUCAUCUACUUUCUAAAAUUUGAGGCGUCAGAACAACCAGAAGCCCUUAUGGAUCGUCGUGGACAGAUGCGCGUUCCGCGGCAGUUGACACCAGCGGAAGUGAAUAUCGUAUUCUCCAGGACACAGUUUGAGGCACAUUGUCCCAUCUGUCGCGGC